GUUUCUUGGCUUUUUGGACACACAGUUUCUUGCUUUUUGGUGGGUCUUCCGAUAUGGGUGUGUGCUUUAAUUACCAAGACCCAUUUCAGCCUCAUAAUCUUGUGGGUGGAGUGAAAUAGAGAGAAAAGAAAGAGACAAGAGGUCUUGAUUCUUCAUGGGGUCUGAAACUCUAUAGUCCCUUGGGUUUUGGGUUCUUGAUUGAACAUACCACUUUUCCCCUCAUGCAAAGGAAAACAACCCCAACUUUUUGUGGGUUUGAGGAAAGCCGGGGUUGUGCAUGAUUCCUUUACAGCUUUCCCACCUUGUUUCCCCUUUUCUUUUUACGAUUGUGAAAUUGACCGCCUCAACAAAGGUAAGAAGAUUAAAAUAACAAUAUUUGAUGCACUUUUACAUUUUUCAAGCUAUUUAACACAUAAAAAAUUGUGGGUUUUUAAUGAGCUGUUACUAGCAUUUUCCUUCUUAAUCUUACGAGUAAACAGCCUCAUUUAAGUGCUGUUUGAUGGCGUUCCAUUCGUAUGUACUGUCUGAGGGAGAAAGGAAAACCAAUUAUCUUUUGAACUUUGCACUUCAUUUGCUUGUUUUGGGUCCUCUGACGAAAUCUGCGCUUAGUGUCCAUCGCUAUGGAAUCGAGCCAAUUUGUCUCUUGAUUUGAAUAGUGCGAAAGAUUCUAAGAAGUUGUCAAUGCAAAAUCGUUGGUCAGAAUAUUGGGUUCUUUUUUCUUGACACAUAGCAGCUGGGUGAAGGAAGUUGCGUUGCAGAGAAAGGGUUCUUUGUCGGGUGGUUUCUAGGUUGGUUACAUUUCUCAUGUUUGCCUCUUGCUCUUUUGUCAAAUGUCAUUUUUAGUUUUGAUUCAAAUAUAUGUGAUUCCGUAUCUUGUAUUUCCAAAGUGAUAUUGCUGACCCCUGACUCCGCUAGACGGUGGUUAUUAUCUUUCUUAGCUUGUAAUGUUGGCGAUUGUGUAAGCUUUUUCUCAUAGCUGAAUGUGUGGGCCACUUGCUUGGAACUCGACUAAUCCCUAUCUGAGUCUGAAGUUGGUGAGGUUAAUGACCGAGUAAACUUUUAGGCUCCGGUUACUCCAAGAGUGUUUUUUCACUUGGCGGCGGGAGUCAAACAAGCUUGGUCCUGAUUUGUGUACCCAGUUGUUCUAGCUAGCCAUGGUUUCAGGUCCACUGCAUCCUACAUUGAACAAGUUCUAUUUAUUGCAAUGCAUAUCCAACUGUGAUAGGGGUGGGUUUUGGUCCUUUUGGAAGACUGUAAUUAACUUAUCUGUUUUGUUUUAGUGUUUUUAGCUUUUCUUGUGACAAAAAUCUCCUAAUGUACACACCCAAUGAUUGCCGCAGUGGUUCGGGCGGAUGCCCAGACUUUGAGAGUACUCUUCAAGGUCUGAGAUUCGAUUCCCUACCAGGUGAGUACACUGCAGUAAGUGGGGGCCGUGACUUGUGUGGCUAUGCUAACUCUCUGGAGGUUUGGGUUGCGCAAUUGGGUCCAUAUAAUAGCUUGGUUGCAGGAUUGUUCCUCCGUUACCAAGAAGAAAAAAAAUCUCCUAACGUAAAGUAGAAUUUUUUUUAUGAUGUGGCCUUUUGAGAUCCUUUAAUUUAAUGGAAGAUCCUUUAGUUUUCCCCUUUUACCCUUCAAUUGGAAUCUUAAUUAAGGUACUUUUGAGGUUUUCAUACCCUGCUUACUGGGUGUUACCUUGUUUCAAAAUGCCAGUGUCACGUCAUUCUGGAGUGAAUGAACAUGUGUUCUGUUGAAAAUUUCUGUUUGCAAACAAGUUUCCUAAUAAGGGUAUAUCCUGUGUUGGCUUUUAAUGUAACAUGGACAAGGAAACAUGAGAGUUGGUGCUCAAGAUAGAUGCAUAAUGUUUUUUACCAAAUUGCCCAUGUUUAAGUAAAGUUUUUCCACAAACAUGGUUGCUGCUUUUCUCUCUGAGCAUGAAUUUCCUAGUUUAUGACAGCAAGUUGAAAAGCAUUAGAAGAUGCUUACUAAUCUUGAUUCCUUAGUCACUUUUCUCCCUUUAUAAUUUCAGAACGAGUUCCAUUGACUUCAAAAGGCAUAAUUGACAUAUCAAUUUGGACGGAAGUUUGGACGGUUUAAAUACGUUAUUCUACAAAGAUGUUUUUGAUAUCAUGCUAUACUACCGGAACUAGUCGAUCGUGAUUUAUUCUGAAGUUUCUUCAUCAUUUUCUUGACCUUUCUUAAGUGUUGCGAUUUUUCGUACUUAAUCAUUUUGGUGAUUCUGAAGUCUACUUUUGUAGGUGCAAAAUUGGUGUUAUAUGCAGAUCAAAAUGUAAAGCCUUGAAAACAAUUUAGAGGUUGCUUACACCCAAAGCUUUUGAUUCCUCCAUUUCGCAUAACAUGACCGAGAAUGAAGCACUCAACGCGACAAUGGGUAUGGGAUAUCACAACUACAGUGUUAUCGAUGGGGAGUUCUCCCACGCGACCUCAGUUUCCCUUCCUCAGUCCAACUCACUUGUUUUGAAUAACCAAAACUAUGUAAUGGCUGAUUUCCCUGUGCUUUUGCAAGGCCAGCCCAUGAACAAUCUCCCUAGUGGUUACAUGACAUCGAAUCCCAUUGACCUUGUUCAUCCCGAUGCAUUGAUUCUUAGUGAUAAGCCCAUUGAAAUGAACAAGAUUACAGAUCCUUCACUGAGAAGUUCCCGACCAAUUAGUAACACAGACGAUGAUCAAGAGCAAUUCCUUGGUGGAAUUGUAAAUCCUCUGGAGCUUUUGGAAGGUUCUAGUUCAAAAAAUCACUUCUCAGACUCCUUAAAGUUUGCAUUCGCAACUUCUGUGAACUGUGGAUACGACGGAAUACUUGGCAGUAUCAACAACGAAUGGGAUUUCGACAAGUUUCUUCCUUAUUCAGACACUGCUGUGGAAUUUUCGGAGAGAGAAGAGUUUCAUCCACUUCAAUUAGUAGGAAAUGGUACUCCCAAUUGUUGGACUCCAUCAGACACUGCUAAUUUGACCUUAGAUAAUUCUUCUGGCUCCUCAAAAUCUAGUAAUGAGCUUUGUCUAAGUCUUGCCACGUUCAAGCCUUCUGUAAUUCAUAGAACUAGUAUUCAAGAUAACUGCUCAGAAAUAGGCUGUUCUGGUGUUACUCACAGUCGUUCUGAUCAAAAGCACUUUGGCUCAGAAAUGUCUUGCAACAGCAAUGGUUCUCAUAGACCGGUCCAACAUUUGGAGUUUUUAUCUGAAUCUAGAUAUCUUCGUGUAAUUCAAGAAAUACUUGCAGAAAUUGCGAGCUGUUCAUUCUCUGCAACUUGCCUUUCUGAUAGAGGCUAUGCACUGAUGAGUUCUGAUGGAGAUGGUAAAUGUGAAGUUCAAAAUGACCUUGGCUUACAACAAUCGGAAGUUGAAACGAAGAAAAAACAGUUAUUGGCUCUCCUUCAAAUGGUUGAUGAGCAAUACACCCGAUGCUUGGACGAAAUUCACUCAGUAAUAUCCUUAUUUCAUGCUGCAACUGAGUUGGAUCCCCACAUACAUGCCUGUUUUGCCUUACAAACAGUUUCCUCCUUUUAUAAGAACCUGAGGGAGAGGAUUAGCAAUCAAAUCCUCGCAAUCGGGGGAUAUUUCAACACAGGAGGCACUAGGGAAGAAGAUCAAGAGAGAUCGUUUGAGAUGUCUUUCGUUCAGAAGCAAUGGGCUCUUCAGCAGCUACGGAGAAAAGAUCAUCCAUUAUGGAGGCCCCAGAGAGGCUUGCCUGAAAGAUCUGUCUCAGUUUUGCGAACAUGGAUGUUUCAGAAUUUUCUUCAUCCGUAUCCUAAAGAUGCAGAGAAGCAUUUGCUUGCAGUGAAAAGUGGCUUGACAAAGAGCCAGGUAUCCAAUUGGUUUAUAAAUGCUCGAGUUCGACUCUGGAAGCCAAUGAUUGAUGAAAUGUACGCAGAGAUGAGUAGAAGAAAAGGGAGAACGAUCGAUGAAGAAACAGACACCAGUCAUAGAAGUCAGUUGAGCAUCGACCGUCGAAGAUUUUGUAUGAAUUGACAGUCGGAAAAUAAAGUCCGACAAAAUGAAAAUAGGAGCAAAUGUUAUUUGAACGUCAAAUUGGUGGAAGUAGUACAUGUUCUAAACAUGGUUAAAACUGUAUAUACUCCUACGCGUUUGUCUCAAUUAGAGGUAAAAUCCGGUAACUAUUGUUAUUCGCCGCGAGUAUUUCAUGCAAUAUUGGAUAUCAAAACGAAACUUGAAUUC